AAAUUAUUUUUUAAGAUGAUUAUAAAUUCACGUGUGUGUAGGGAGGCGGACCUCUCCCUGCAGCCCCUCCCCCUCCUCUCUGUUGAUACAGGGAUGGGUUUGGAGCGUCUGGUCAGCGUCCUUCAGGGAACACUCAGUACCUACAACACUGACCUGUUCACCCCCCUGCUGGAGGAGAUACACCAGAGGUCAGGUGUCCCUCCGUACGGCGGCAGGACGGGCGCGGCGGACGGGGAUCGAACCGAUAUGGCGUACCGCGUGGUGGCGGACCAUGUGCGCACGCUCAGUGUGUGUGUGGCCGAUGGCGUGCACCCCGGCAUGUCAGGCGCAGAGCUGGUGUUGAGGAGGAUCCUCAGACGGGCCCUCAGGUUCUGUGUGGAGGUUCUCCGGGCUCCUCAGGGGACUCUGGCCGCUCUGGUGCCGACCGUCGCACACACUUUGGGUGAUGUGUAUCCAGAGCUCCACAGGGAGGCUGACAGGAUUGCGGAUGUCAUCAACGACGGCGAGGCUCACUUCCUGUCGUCUCUGCAGCGGGGCAGCCGGCUGAUCCUGCGCACGCUCAACACGAAGAACUACAAAGAUGGAUUCUUCCCUGCCUCUGUGGUCUGGUCUCUGCACAGGAACCUGGGUUUCCCUCUGGACCUGGUGGACCUGAUGUUGGAGGAGAGAGGAGUCCAGGUGGACCAGGAGGGUCUGCAGCGCCUCAUCUCAGAGAGCCAGGUGAAGUCUGGGGGUCAGACAGGUGUUCAGUCUCAGGUGUUGGACGUCCUCAGUCUGGCGAAGCUGCAGCGUCUCAGAGUCCCUCACACCGACGACAGCCUGAAGUACCAGUACAGCCUGCAGCAAGACAGAUACGUGUUCCCAGCAUGCAGUGCGGUAGUGCUGGCCCUGUAUGAUGGCAGCUCUCUGGUCUCGGAGGUGAGGGAGGGGCAGCGCUGCUUCGUGGUUCUGGAUCAGACCUGUUUCUACUCUGAACAGGGGGGGCAGUCACACGACCAGGGAUACUUCACCCGGGACGGUCUGCAGGACGUCCCGUUCCCUGUGGAGGCCGUGGAGCAGGCGGGGGGGUACGUGGUGCAUCAGGUGACCACAGCUGGACCCCUGAAGACCGGAGACCAGGUGCAGCUCCACCUGGACCAGGUAC